UGCCAGUUUUCUCUUUUUCAUUGGUUCCUACCUUACGUAUGAUCUUUGCUUGCAAAAGUUGCGGUAGACUCGGAUCCUGUCUCCCCAGGAAAAAAGUUCCUAUUUUGUCUGUUAGAUGGAGAAAUCUAAUUUUUAAGCGCAAAAAAGCAUCGACUCUCUGACAUACCAUUGUCUUUCUUUUAUUUCAAAACCUACUAUGGCUGACCACCAGUACGACUUGCCUGAUCUCCGGCAACUAGUGGCGGGAAGAACCCAUUUCCAGGGAACCCCAUUCCCAUUUGCCACCGAGCCCUUCUUUCUUCAAACCAGAACUCACGGACCACAAAUCCACCACUUUCAUCAUCAUGACUCCAUUGUAGCUGCAGCAGCAGCAUCAGCUCAUUCUGGUGCCGAGGUAAUGCUGCCUUCUGGCUUCAUCAAGCUUGCUCAUGACCAUUAUUGCACCAAUGCCACUACGACUACUACCACUGCUGCUGAUGCUGCUGCUACGAGUUCCGGUGCUGCAGGUUCAUUCUUUGGAGUGGAAAUGGAGAGUGGUUGGAUUGGAAAUGAUGCCGGGAAUAAUAGUAGAUGGCCAAGGCAAGAGACUCUUACUCUUCUUGAGAUCAGAUCUAGGCUGGAUUCCAGGUUCAAGGAGGCUAAUCAAAAGGGUCCGCUAUGGGAUGAAGUUUCUAGAAUCAUGGCUGAGGAACAUGGUUAUCAGAGAAGUGGCAAGAAAUGUAGAGAGAAGUUUGAGAACUUGUACAAGUACUACAAGAAAACCAAGGAGGGUAAAGCUGGAAGACAAGAUGGGAAGCAUUACAGGUUCUUUCGCCAGCUUGAAGCCCUUUAUGGAGAACCAAGCAAUCAAACUUCAGCAGCUUCAGAAACCCACUUGGUUAACACCACUUCUUUUCUUUACCAAACACCUACAGCCCACACAAUUAACCAAGAAAAUCAAGAAUCCUUUCAAGAAAACAAGCACAGUGAGAGCCUAAGUUUCUCCAACAUAUCUGAAUUCGAGACUUCCUCCUCCGAGAACAAUGAUGUUGAUCUUUCUGCUGUUGCCUACAUGAUGAAUGGAUCCAUUGAGAAAAUGAAAGGAUUAAGUGAAAGCCAAAGCUAUACAAGGGCUAAGAAGAACUGGAAAACAAAGGUUAAGGAGUUUGUGGACUUACAGGUGAGGAAGUUGGUGGAGAGACAAGAAGCUUGGAUGGAGAAAAUGUUGAAGACCAUUGAAGAUAGAGAACAAGAGAGAAUGCGCAGAGAGGAAGAGUGGACGAAGCAAGAAGUUGCUCAUUUAGACCGGAUACAUGAAUUCUGGGCUAAAAAAAGAGCAUGGAUUGAAGCUAGAGAUGCAGCUUUAAUGGAUGCUUUGAAGAAAUAUACAGCGAAAGGACUAGAACUACCGUCAUCAUCAACAUCAGUUGAUGAACAAAUAGCCAUAGCAACUCAAAGCCACUACAGAAACCAGGAUCGAAAUGCUAAAACGAUGGACAUUCAUGGGAUGAAUACUAUGAGAUGGAUGGAGCCAGAGAUUUUAAGCUUAAUACAGCUCAGAACAACAAUGGAACCAAGAUUCCAAGAAAGUGGGUAUUCAAAAGAAGGUUUGAGGGAGUGUAACAUGACAACAACAGAGUGUAACAAGAAGCGCAAAGAAGAUUUAAGAACCAGCAAUUAUUUCCAGUCAGUUGAUCCCUAUAAUGAGCAAGAAAUGGCCAAACAUGAUGAGAGCUUGAACUCACCUUCAAAUUCUUAUGUGGGUAGUCAAGUUCAUGGCAGCAGAUGUUUUCAUCAAGACCCAAUAAGUGGAGGAGAGCACAUGUGGAACAAGUAUGGGUUGAAGCUGAGUAAAGAGAAGAAUCAGCAACUUUAGCACAAGCAGAAUAAAAAAAAUAGAAAAGAAAAGAUAAGUAAAGGUCCGAAGGAAUCUUCAGUUGCCUCUUUCAUUAGAUUUAGAUUUAGAUUUAACUUGAUGAUGAGAAGGGAACAUUUAUUGCAAUGUGUGACCAUUGGAGAAUGG